UCACGCUUAUCGUCAUCGAUGCAUUUGAAAGCUUCGCAAGUCACGCAAUCUCCUUCUUCUUCUGGGUUAUCAUCAUCAUCAAUCAAUGGAGUCCGACUCCGAGUCCUUAUCUAACCCUAACACCACCGAAGAAUUCGAUCGAUUCCUUGACGCGCCUGACGAAUUUUACUACGAUUGCUUGCCGGUCCGUUCCAAUUCCCACCGUCUACAUCAUUCCUCUCAUUUACGCCGCCGCAAGUCGGCAAAUCCCCGGAAUUUGACUUCUUCCGAGCCGUCUUCUUCUUCCGAUGGAUUUGAAGUCGGUGGCAAUGUGGAAAAGAGGGAGGAGCUUAGUAACGGCGAUGACGACGUAAUUGAAUCAACCAGUGACCUAAUUGAUCUAUCUCCGGAAACAGAGAACGAUUUGGAUGUGACUGAGGAUAAAGGGAACGAUAUGAAUGUAACUGAUCCGGUUCGGAACCGGGUUAACCCGUUUCGGGAAGAAUCCACGGUGACCACCGUGAGCAGUAAUGAUGAUGACCGAGAAGACGACGGCUACGCGGGAUUGGCGGCGACACAGCUUCGUGAACCAUCUAAUUCAUCAGAGUGGUCUCUUCUUGGGUUUUUGGUUGAGCUAGUGAUCAAAGCAAUCGAAUUUCAAGUCAGUUUGAUGACAAGCUUACUCACGUUUCCAUCAUGGUUUCUCCAGUACGGUUUUCUCUUCUUUUUCGAUCCAUUUAGCACAGUUAGGUUUGGCAGACGGUUUCUAAUGGCGAGAGUUGCAGUGAUAAGUGAUAUGAUAUUUGGGACUAUGAAUCCGUUUAGGUUGAGUUGGUUGAAAGAUACCAAACGAAUGUUGAGUGUUGCGUGCAAGUUUGGAUGGGGUAUGUUUUGGGCUGUUUAUGUUGGCACUGUGCUGUUUGGCUUGUUGGUUUCGUCGCUUAUGAUUGGUGGUUUCAUGAUAAACCGUAUAGCGGAUGAACCAUUUGUACUCAAGGAGAUCUUGAAUUUUGAUUACACCAAGAAUAGUCCAGAAGCAUAUGUGCCAAUAACCUCCUGUGCUGGUGUUGAUUGUGUGGGAAGUUGCAAGGAAAGUAAUGAAAUGUCGAAGAUCAGGGGAUUGCGAGUUAUACCUCGAGACCAGAAGUUAGAUGUCACUCUUUCAAUGACAUUACCUGAGUCUGCUUACAAUAAAAAUCUCGGCAUGUUUCAGGUUCGGGUGGACUUCUUAUCUGCAGAUGGUCAAACGAUCUCGAGUAUAAGGCGUCCCUGCAUGUUAAGAUUCAGAAGUGAGCCCAUCCGUCUUGUUCAGACAUUCUUCAAAGUGGUUCCGUUAGUGACAGGAUAUGUCUCUGAGAUCCAAACCUUGAGCUUAAAGUUGAAAGGCUUUGUUGAAAAGGACAUUCCCACUGCUUGCAUAAAGAUAAUUAUUGAACAACGAGCAGAAUUUCGACCCGGAGCAGGUAUUCCAGAGCUGUACGAUGCAUCCUUGUCGGUUGAAUCCGGUCUUCCCUUCUUCAAAAAAGUUAUAUGGAAAUGGCGGAAAACUUUGUUCGUCUGGAUCAGCAUGAGUUUGUUCAUUACAGAAUUGCUUUUCACGUUGGUUUGUUGCAGACCUCUGAUCAUCCCAAGAACACGACCUAGAAACAGAUCACCUUCAAACCCAACAAGAAGUGGAUGAUGAUUUAACGGUUACUGUAGAUCAUGUGUGUAACGCUCUGAAAUGAUAUUUUCAAUUCCUGUUUAACUUAUAGCUCCAAGAGUUCUUUGAUUUAAUUGUAAAUUCUUACUAAUCAAAGUUAUAUCUUACAUAUGUUUUAAUUUAAAA